UUGAUCAGUUGUUAUGUUUCCUAGUAAUUUAGUUAAAAACUUUAGCACUAACAACUGCUGACAUUAUUGAAUAGUUUAUAUUUAACUAUUGCAUCUAACAAAUUGUCAAAAUUUUAAAGUGAUUCGCGAAUACUCGUUCUUUGUAUAAUAUGCUAUGAAAAGGUGUUCGGUGGCGUCUGCGGUCGUAAUUUUUUUUAAUAGCAGAAGGGAUAGUUGAACUAUACAUAUUUGUGUAAGUUUUGCGAUGCCGCGACGAGGAACUGAGCUGGUGCAGCUGCCGUUGCCUCCUAAGAAGAAGACGAAGACGGUGGAGGAGACUCCGAGCCUCGACGUCAGUUUCUGUGAUGACGAGGCCCUGCCUCCUGGCAUAGUGUUCACUGAUGUCUUGCAAAAGAAAUGGCGGAUUGGGAAGCCUAUUGGGCGAGGCAGCUUUGGCAGGAUCUAUUUGGCAUCAGAUGACAUUGACAAAGAAGUCUCUAAACAGAAUGCCAGAUAUGUUGUGAAGAUAGAACCUCAUUCCAACGGGCCCUUGUUUGUGGAGAUCCACUGCCUCAUCAGAACUGCCCAGUCUUCACAAGUGAAAGCAUGGCGUCUACAAAACAAGCAAAAGCGCAUAGGCAUGCCUGUGUACAUUGCCAGCGGGUCAUUCACAGAUGAAAAUACAGGCACCAAGUACAGAUUCCUUGUCCUACCGCGCUAUGACAUAGACUUACAGAAAAUAGUUGCUAAAACAAGAGUCCUUGACAUAAAGAAUGUUCUAGUACUCGCACUACAGAUACUAGAUGUCUUAGAGUACUUACAUAAUCAAGGUUACACACAUUCAGACAUAAAAAGUUCCAAUCUAAUGCUUGGUUUCGAUGGCUCCAGAAUUGGUAAGGCAACUGCAGUUAAAACAACUCCAUCAUUCCAAAAAGAUACUAAAGAGGUUGCAGUGCUUACGGGAAAGCAUAGACGCGCAAAGCCAUCGAAAUCUAGGUCUUCCAACUACUAUGAUGAUGAAGAUUUUGUCAUCAAAGAACAUAAGAACUCAAGUAAUUUGGAUGAUGCCAGUGGUGAUAAUGACAAAAGACUUGCUAAUGUUAAGAAGAAGUUGAGGCGUAUACUGUCAGAUAGAGACAGCAGGACUCUGCACAGACAUCAUGCAUUCAACCUCAGACAGAUAUCUCACUAUGUCAACUAUGAAGACAUGACCAGCUCUGUGUGUUCCGACCAAUCCUAUCAAAAACUUCUCGACGAUUUUGGCGGCAAAAACUUAAUUCGCACCACAAAGGAGUUCCGCGAAGAUACUAGAAAGCGCAAUGCUAGGGAGAAGAGAGAGAGUGAACCAGAAAAUGUGGAUGAAAUGUUCCAAGAAGCCGUGCUAUCACAAACUAACGGGCAGAUCUAUUUGUUGGAUUAUGGCUUAGCUUCCAAGUUCGUAGACUCUGAAGGUAAACAUAAAGAUUUUGGUAUGGAUGCCCGAAAAGCACAUGACGGUACUUUGGAAUACAGUUCCAGGGACUCUCAUAUCGGAGCUCACUCCAGAAGAUCAGAUUUGGAAACUCUUGGCUACAACCUCCUUGACUGGUUGACUGGCACCUUGCCAUGGAAGACACCAGAAGUACUGGCAGAACCUGACCUAGUCCAUGCUUUGAAGAAAAACUUCAUGAGUGAUAUAAAACUGUUAUUAAAAACGUGUUUUAAGACUGAAUUCUACCCAAAAUUUAUGGAGAAAUACCUUGAAUAUGUCACAAGUCUAGACUUUACGGAAAACCCUGAUUAUGACUAUUGUAGAAGUUUAUUCAAAAGUGAAUUGUUGAAAAAUGGCUGUAAUAGUGAUAAAGAUAUGACUCUGAAUUUCAUGGAAGCGCCCAUGUCUCCUAUGAGUCGCAAACUGUGUUACUCAAAGAGGUUUGGCAAGAAGAAUACAACACCUAGUUUUCUAGCACGAAAUGGUAUCAAAAAAGCCUAUGAGAGAGAAAAUGUUUGUUCUCUCGAAAAUGACCUAAAACUAGAACUUUUGAAGCAAACGUUGAACACGUCUAGUGAUGGAGUUCGCAAGCCUUGCGCGUCUCGCAACUUCUUUAUUUCAGACGCUGAUUUAGUGGCCCGUCUGAAAAAGUCUUUAAUGCCACACGACAUAUUCGGCAAAAAACUGUCGCCUAAAAAUUUGCGAUCUAAAAAGAAGAACAUUAAAAAACGUAGGGGUGUCAGAACCCAUAGAAAUAGCAUUGGAAAGUUCGGUAAUUUCAUGGGAUCAGCGCGUCAAUUUACUUGGGCCGAAAUUCUAGCUGGCAACCCUGAAGACAUAAUUCGUAAAGAGCGUAACACUGUAGCUGUAAACACAGAGUAUGUAGAUGAUGAAACAUGCAAAUAUAGAAUUCGUAAAUUAUCAAAUGCAUCAGAAAACAGUGACUCACACUUACAAUCACCGUUAAUGCAGAAAGACUACUUACAAAAUAUGUAUCCUACUUAUGCUAUGAAAGAAGUGUUAGCUUCUUUCAAGAGGAAGGUUGCUGGCAAGCCUAAGGAGCCAGAAGAGACGAUUGAGGGCUUAGAAGGGUACACCCCUGCGAUGAUCAAAGUAUACAGAAUUAAAGAAAAACGAGAGGAGAAAGAAAAGCUAGAUGCGUUAAAACAGCAAUCAUCAGCUAAGAAAGAAUCUGUGCAGAUCCAACCGAGGUGUACACGAUCCAUGAGGUCUAAGAAACCACCAGAACCCAGUUCCCGAGUAACUAGACAGAAAGGUAGUGUUGACAGUAAUAAGUCAGUAGAAGUUGAAGAAGUAGUUCCUAAGUGUACUGGUAGAUCAAAGUCUAAGAGUAAUAAGAAAGUCGCAAGUAAGAAAGAAGAUAAGGAAUCUAGUAAGAAAAAUGAAAAAGAAGUUGUAAUUACUGAGCCUGUUAAACCGGCGCCUAAAGAAACGAAAAAAACAUCACCCAGAAAAAAAAGCAUGGCAGUUGUGACAAAUAGGCGGCGGCUCAGGAGUAGUAAGCGCAAGUAAUUAUUCAAUAAAUAAACUACAUUUUGAAUUCUGUGUUAGAUUGAAAAAGUUAUGUGUGUCACUUUUCAAAUCUAUAGGUUAAGUUCUACAGUAGGUAGCGUUUUGACUAUUUUUUUUUUAUUCUCAAAUCAUUUACGGAUGUUAAAUAAAAUCCGUUCUUAUUUUCAAAUUAAGAAAUAAGUUUACGGUGUAACUUUGACCCACCAUUUUUUGUUUGCAUAAUAAAAUUGAGAUUUGUAUGAUUGAUACAGGAAAACUGUGAUUUUUAUAAGUUGUUUAAAAUUAGACUUAACAUUGUCGUGUUUAAAAUAUGCUGUAAGAAUACAGUCUUCAUAAAUGCGGACUAUAUUCGAAUUUUGUUUUGCAUUUACAUCCAUACAUAGUUAUUGGAUUUUCUUCAAGCUAGUGAUUUGGCCGUUUUAUUGAUAUCGGCCGACGUUCCUCUUUGUAAUUCCUUAUCAAUAAAUCAUUUUGUUUAAAA